AUGAAUUUGCAAACUCGGCUGGAAUUGGUGACAGAGCGGCAAGUGCUCUUUCAGAUUUUGAACGAUGUUCAGAAAGUGAUAAAGCCUUUUAAAAACUGUGAAAUUCGCCCGAUUUUAGGACCCAGAAGAAUACCAAAAUGUGAUCGAAUCGUUCUGUAAAUCGCUCAAUUUGUUCGGGAAGUUUUUGACAGCGAAAGAGGUAUUUUUUCCGCGAAAACAACUAAAAACGUAUCUUUUUCCAGCUCACCACGAAAAUUGAGCCAAUUCUAGCGGUUCAAGACCCGAUUCGAGCAAUAAUUGCCUUCUCGAAAUGCAUUUCCCGAACGAUUUUUGAUUCUUUCCGAGACGUAAUGACAGUGCUCGAGUGGCUGAAAUUCGUGGUCGAACAGCACAUGGAAAGGGCAAUUUGUGACAGUUUGAAGGUCAACGAAACGGACGGUACGGGAGCCCGAAGAGCUGAGAGCAAUCAGUUUGCAUUUCAGAAGACACCCUCCAACUGUACCGCGAGUUCGCCGUCGCCUGCAUCAAUUUGCCCGAAAAGAUUUCGAAUUGCCGCGCGCUCGCCGGGAAUGAAGAGCACAACAAGUACAUUGAAAGUGCCAUCUGGCUAUUUAAGGUUGGAUCGAUAAUCCGGGCAUUCAAAUGAUAAUACCUUACAGAUGAGCCUGUUUCAAGGCAUUCAGAAGGCCAUGUUCAAGGCUCAUGACUGCUCGGAACGGUCGAAUCACAGAACUCUGGCCGAAUUGCUGUCGGCCGGGAGAAAUAUGGAAUUGGAAAAGUUUCCACUGCUUUCCAAGACGAUGGAAUGGUUGGAAACGAUAGAGAAGUUCGAUUCGAAGUGGCGUCUCAUAAUGUACGACAUCUUCAUGAUUCCGACCCAUCAGGGCACUCAAGUGCACGAAUCGCUCCUCACUUCCGUCUUCCUCACGGCUAAGAACGAGCAGCAAUUGAAAGUAUUCGACAGGAAGAGUUUAUUUUCUUGCAAAUAUCUGGUUUCAGCGUUGUAUCGAUGUGAAAGAUCUGAAUGGAACACUCAAGCGUGUCGUCACGGUCAAAUUGCCAUUGCAAAGAAUUUUGAGCCCGUGGAACAUUAAGCUUCUCGUGGAUUUCAUCAUUCGGACGAAAGAGAGCUUCGCAGUGAAUCUUCUGGAGGUUAGAGGGUCUUAACACGAAGAGCUACAUUAGUUCGAAGGUUUCAGACUGCCGUCAAGGUGUGGAGUGACAAUAAUUACGCGAGAAAGGCAGCCGAAGGACAGGAGCAGCACAUGGUCCGACUCAUCCUUUACCUGAUUCAUCGUUUGAAGUAAGAGAAUCAACAGAGCAUCAGAAUCUUCAGACUGAACUUCCAGAAAGCGCUCCUCGAUACCCUGGUCGGAUCUCUUUCUGAUCGCCUCGAACGGAGUGCGCACUCGAAUGGAACUCCUGCCCACUUCCAUCCGAUCUGGUCUCUUCAUCAACAAAACUCUUUUGAAACUCGCUUCCAGCAACCUGCCACAAGAAGCGCAAGCUCCGCCCACUCCGGAAGACGACGAAUUUGAAAUUAACAUUGCGGGAAUUGAGUGGAAUGAAGAGAUGAAAAGCAUCGUUGCCGAUGGAAUCAAGGAUCCGAAGAUCAAAAAGGAACCGACUUCCUCGCCGACAAAGUUCAAGAAGUUUAAUAUGCUGCAGAAGUACAAAAAUCGCAUACUUCGGCGGGGAAAAGUGAAAAGACCUGUGGAUUCUGAUGACGAUGAAGACGUGGAGGAGGAGGAAGAAGAAAUUGAAGAAGACGAGGAUUUCCCGCUCUAUUCAGUUGACGAUUCGGAGAAAGACUUCCGGAAUUUGGAGGUCGGAGAAGAGCCGAAGACGAAAGUCCGCCCACCUCCGUACAUCGCCGAUGCCUACGAGCAGUUGCUCGAAAAGGAAAAGUACGAAGUGUUCGAAGCGGCAUUCUUCCAUCUGCCCAUUCUCAUUCGUAAAAAGGCCAUCGGAUUUCCGCAGCUCGCCGAAAAGAUUGUCCUCCGCGCCCUCCUGCUUCCCAAUAACUUUGGCACUCGUCAGUUCAAUGAAACGAUUGAAGAGAUCGUCGUCGCGUGCAUCUCCCUCCGUCCCGAAUGCGUUCCCGCACUCGUCACCCAAAUAAUCCAGCCGGAACAGGGAGAGGGUCUUCAACUGAGAUUGCUGCAUUACAUCCACAAAGCGGCCGAUGAGAUGGGACGACUCGAUCGAAGACAGGCGGUGUUCGUGGAGAAACAUCAGAGGAAACUGCAGAAAUUGUAUCCGAAAAAGAUUAUUUUCGACAAGUACGGAAAUUCGGACACGGAAGAGCUGGAAGACGAGGAGGAGGAGCCGAACUGGAGGGAAGUCGUCGAUGCGAGAGUGCGCGCGAAGACGAAACUGCUCUCCGAACGGGCGGUCAAUCAUCCGGGAGUUCCGAAUCGGUUGGGACAGUCCUCCCGUUUCAUGUUCUUCCCUUUGCUGAUACUUCCGAGAGGAGAGCGUGCUAGUCUUCUGGUAGACACAAUUUCACGGAAUUCACGUUGGAAAUAUCAUUUUUGCAGCACAGAGACUCGGAUCUGUUGUCGAUGAUCAUCAUGGUGGCGUCGAUGAUCUACGUGAGAAGCGGAGUGACUCCGAAUAUUAUGCUUAUGUCCCAGUGAGUGCCUGUUCAGACGAUUUUCGAAAUGUUUCCUGUUGCAGUGAGCUCAUUUCGUAUGUGACUCCUCAUCGUUUCUCUGAGAACGCGAAAGUGCGCGCCGCCUGUCUCUCCGCCCAUAUAAACGUGAUGGCUCUUUUGCCGUCGGAGCUGCUCAUGCAUCUGUUCCCGGUUGACACGCGCAGACAAUGGCUCGAAUGGGUCGAACUCGUGCUCGACCAGGACGUGAUGCCGCCUGUGGAAGCCGAAAUGGCCGGACAACUGCACCGAAUGAUCUUGGAACAGUUCCAAGAAUCUCAGGAAAUCCAAUCCAUUUCAAUUUGA